AUGGCUGCUUCUCGGGAGUUCCUACUGCAGCAGUAUUUCCACGCUGCACUGCCCCGUAACGUCCCCGGGGAAGAGGACAGAAACCUUUUCAGAGUUGAAUCCGCGCUUUUAGACCGCAUGAUCGCCGCCAUCAAAGUUAUCGCACCUUUCUGUCCUCUUGAACACCAAUCAUGUGUGAAUUCAGUUCGGUUGGCACUUACUACGUCAAAGGCUCUGAAUGUUGAGGGAAAGAUCGACAGGAACCUUUUGGUGAAGGAGCUAAAACAACUAGAGAGAAGCCAUUCGCUUAUCCUCUAUGUGACGGAACAGAAUGCUGCCCUUUUGGUCUAUAAAUACAACGGGGAUUAUGACGAAGACCUUCUUGUGUUCGAAGCUUGCGAGACAUCGGCAGUUUGCGAAAAAGUCCUAGCAACCAAACAUGCCUUGCAAUGGGAUUUCCCCGGUCACGCAGUUUCGGUACCUCCCGAGGUUUACUCAGAUGACUCCUUCGUAGAGUGUCUGGCUGCGUUCCUGGAACAGGCCAGCAUUGAAUCUGUAAAACAAUUCGCCGCUGUUACCUAUAAAGCGUCCGCACCGAUGCCGGAGAUACGGGAUACGACAGACCCAGCUCUGAUCACUGGCUUGUUGAUGACGAUUCUAGACACCAACGGCGCGACUUUUCUUGCCCCAAUCUUGCGAAAACGCGUUCACGACACCGUGUCUUUCAAACAGGCGCGCAAGCCCUGGCGAAGAUCCCCAUUCUACCUUGUCAUUCGUGUAGCCGUUCAACGACACUUGUAUAGGGCGCUUGGAGCUGAGCUUGGUCACACAUACUACAAGACUAUAAUGAGCAUCUUCCUGUCACGCCUGUUAGAUGACUGUCUCGGGACCAUCCCGCCUGAAGCUUCUCAUUACUUGAAGCAGAAGCUCGGUCGUCGGCUCGCUAAGCUUGAGCAAGAUAGGAUGAUGGUCCCAGACUUGGUCAAGAAAAGUCAAGAGUUCAUGUUUUCAGGCCUCCUAGUUGUGUUGGAGAAAUCAUUAGCAACGACCAGUCAAUUUCUGGAAGAGCAAUGGACAUUCCACAAGAUGAACACCCAACGGAUUAUCCGGCCCCUUCCCCAGCACGCAGACUCUUCCGAGAUAGUGCUACAGUUGCUUCUCAGCCGACAUAUACUCAAUGAAGUCGCCUUUGGAAGGCAUUUUGGUUCUCAAACUCAGACCUUGCCCCCUUUGCAGCAUUUAGAACACUACGAGCACUCUAGGGCAAAGGCUAAGCCAUUCGCUGUUGUUGCCGAUCGUUAUUUGACUCUGGCUAAGCGCGUGGAACAGAAGGUGGCACCGGUGAAAGCUAAUCCUGUUCCAGCUGUGGACUUGCGAACUCGCUGCUGCGAGCUGGCCGAGACGAUCGAGUCGUAUGUUUCGGCGACCGGUAAUGAUUUUGAUGGCUAUGCCGAAUUGAAGAGCGGAUUCAUCCUUGAUCUGAUGGAGUUGUGGGUUGAGAUGGACCGAAAUGCUUCUACUUGUUACCCGUUAUUGGGACGGUAUCAUCCCGGAUUUAACCCUGAGGUCCUGGAUACCCUGGAAUUGCUCUCACUAGAUGAAAUGAAGCGCGUACAGCGAGUCCAAGCGUACCUCGGCCGUCGAUGUCAGGGCUGGGACGGCAUCGGGUCGAAGACGAUCUUUGAUGACCCUGCCGAAGACUCGUUCGCUGUCAUGUAUUAUGACACCGACACUCAUGGCUUGAAGGAACUCCGACAGAAGAUCGAAUCCAAAGCGGCGAAAGCACGUGAAGCCAAAGAGUCAGAAUGGCGAGAAUUGAGCAAGAAGCAUGAGGAAUUGAUGCAGCGUGUUGCCGAAUCUAGCUGCCCAUACAUCACCAUUGUAGCUUCAGAUGGUACUCUGGUCAGAGAGCACUCGCGUGGUUGCCUCAAGCAUAAGUACAAGUGGCAGGCAAAACAGAUCAAAAUUACUACAUUUGAGAGUCCGCUACCAAAUGUCGAACCUAGUGCUAAGGCAGCAAUAUUCGAAUUGGCCUGCCCAGAUGCAUUCGCAGCCUACCGCGACGCAACCUGGACACUGCUUGCUACCUUUUCUUACCCCAAGACUAAAGCCGUCGACAAUGUCCCGCUUCUGCGUAGCUAUUCUGGACUCGUACGCUAUGCGACCCGAGGAGUGAUGAAAGUCUCCCUAGGUUCCACGACUAAAUCGCAUCUUGACUGCCAUUAUGCGGUAUCGGGAUUUCCUGUAGCCUUGAACCAAAUAUGCCGCCCCUGUGGCCUUACACUUAAGUACUAUGACACGAGCACUCAGACCUGGACAAUCCGCACCGGGAAGCCCUCGUUUUCCGCCCAUUGCCCCUUAGCUCUUCCACAUGACUCGCCAUAUCAAUCUCUUCGGCUCUCUCACGAUUGUAUGCCUUCAUCAAAUGAUGUCCUUGCCAGUCAGACAAAGUGUCCGUCAGAUCUCAACGUCCACGAAUUCAUGGCGUGGCAAGGCCUCCUUUGCGGGACCCAUUGCCGAUGGCUGUCGCUGUUGCGAGAACUCGGUGCCACAAACCUCAAUUUCUCCACUGAAUCGACUUGGGCCAUCAUUUCGAAGCUUAUCUUCCAACUUGGUCCUUCAUCAUUCGGCCAGCCUUUGCGUGAUGUACACGCGAUCUUUAAUGAUAGUAGCUUCUGCAGAAAGCUCCUUGAGCAAAUUGGCCACCGUAUUGAAGCUAUACGGCGCAACUGGCGCGAGCCGGUACAGAUGAACGUCCUUAUCACCAUCCUGCUUAAGAUGGCAUCUCUCUCACCCUCCGAAGAUAUUCAAGCAAAGACCUCUGGGCUUAUUACUCUGACUCGCGCCAUAACUUGGGAUUGGUGUGCCGCUUUGCAGUCAUCAGCCAACGAUGACUCACGAGAGGCGACCAUCUUCGCUAUUUGGGCAUCCGUACUGUGCAAACGGACAUUUCAGAUGUUUGCACAGUCGACGUUGUCCCUGACUUCGGACGCUUUACACUGUUUUGUCGGCGCCUCAAUAAUCCUUCAGGAGAACCUUGUAGGACGUUUCGAACUUUUGCCACUUAGCUUACGGAAUGCGGUACUCCGGGACCUCUUAUACACGUAUAAGAUGCGUAGUGCCUUCCGGAAAGCUAUCAUAGCCGACCAUAAUGGCCUCCUCUCCGCUUUGGACGAUAUUUGGCCCGUUCCCGAUGGCUUCCUCGAUUCCCCACCUCAAAUACAAGCUGUGCCGGGUACGUGGUGGAUAGAAGUUUCCAUGAAGUCAGGGAAGCAACAGUUGACGCACUGUGUUCACUACAACGUGAUUCGUGGAGAUCUUCUCAUCAAUGGCAAACAAUCCGGCACACUCCCAGCCGAAUAUCGUCAGGAUCCCAUCAUUCAUGUGCUUUUUGGGACACAAAACCUACGAGUACUGCCCUCGUAUCAGCCAGGAAUGUCCAUAUUCGUUGCCCAGCCAAUGCCCUACAAGCACCGGAUACAUCUUGGCUUCCGGCGGGGUCAAUUGAUCGUCCGAGCAACACAAGGUUACCGCACACUUGAACUGAUCCGAAGUGAUAUCUUCCGCAAUGGUUCCCAAUACGAUUUACCCUCACCCCUUAUAGAGAACUGCUAUCACUGGUUAGACUUAGAUUCCGGGGUUUUGGAAAUUCGUCAAGAUGACAUCUGGAAGUCAAAAAACAGCAAUUGGAUGCUAAACCUGCGCACUCGUCACGCAAUGAGGCGCAAUUCCACGCUUGUAGAUCCCUACAGUCCAGUAGCCAAAAAAAUUGCUCAGAAUUUCUUUUACUUUGAGUAUGCCCACCAUGUGACAGUCUUCGAGCCUCAUAAUGGCCGAUUAUCGGUGGAGUUGAAGCGAUUGGAGCUGAGCUUCUUUGUCAAUAGUUCGAGGCUCCUCCAAUGCCGCCAGUUAGGCGCUGAAAUAGCACCUACAAAUCUCCAAGACCCAGGGGUGUGGUAUGGACUAAGGAGUAAGAUUGUGCUGCGCUCAACCACAAAUCCGCGCCAGCGAAGCAUCCUCGCCCCAGCUGGCCCUAUUAAAGUCCGUAAAGACGGAGAUCAUGUCUUGAUAUUUGUCGAGAAUGAUGGAACAUACCUGAAUUUCGACAUCAAUGAAGUGCUUGGACGCGUAGAAUGUCCUGCGGAACCUCUAUUACUAUACACAAAGGCGCUAUGGCACGCGUAUACUGCACAUUUUCUCCCGGAUCCCCUUACUGGAAGGACAGGUCUCGAGGAAGCCAUGUACCUUCUCCAGUCGGGUCUUUACCAACCUUGGAAGCCGCUUCCUGAAACGCAUAUCACCCGGCUUCUUGAUAUUGCGAAACUGUCACCCCGUCGUUUUUACUAUCCUACGAGUAUGAAAUGCAUGGAGACUGUUGAGUGGGAUCGCAACUUGACGACCACAAUCCAAGACGAUAGGUAUCGAGCCAUCAUUGAGCAAAUCUGUCACCGAUCUUCUCAACUGCUAUCGUUCGACACUACAUCCUCUAACAGUAAUCCGCUCGCAUGUCCGCCUGGAGACCCACAUUUGGAAGCUCGUGCAAUGUCGCGAUCUGGUGCUGUCAUAUCUGCGCGUGAUCAUGCUUACAAGUCUAGGGAUGGUCAGACGGCGGGGCUCGAUCGAGCAAAUGUGGCCAUCAUUUCAAGACUGCUAGCUGAGUGGCCAUCCAAGCUCUCAAAUACGAAGGCAUUAGCAUCUCUUCUACAGGAAUUUCCCGUGAUUGGCGGGCAUGUCGGAGCAUUCGACAGGAUCCAGAUCUUUGAUCUAAUCUCUGCGAAUCUUGGCGAGAACUGGGGCUCGCUCGUUCAAUUCACAAGCCAGUCUAAGCCCGAAGACAAGUACCGCUUAAUGUUCCAACUCGCGCCGAUGGCAUUUUCUGUGAAUGCUAAGAUGGACCUGCUCCGAGUCAUCCUUUCUUUCGCGCAGAUACACUGCCUGAAAGAUAUCACUCCACCAAUAUGGCCUUCAUAUCUUCGCUUCCAAGCUGAAGAAGUCCCAGCCGUCAAAGAUCUGGCCGAGUUGAUGAAUGAUGCCAAGAAGCCCCACGUUACAGGUCCAUCCGGAAAACAAGGUAAGCCGGGGCAGCUCGCUCUUGCACGACUCGGGCAUGAGGAGAAGUCUCAGCGUAGCUGUGUCGAACUUGCCAAGUCCAUACUCGCUCAAUGGCCAUCAGUAGAAGUAAAGGUAGAUAAAUUGGCUUCCAUCGAUUCGACUCUUCUCGAUACGGAAAAGGCUUUGGAGCUAGUAUUGUGCGAAUGGGGUCGCAUUGCGCAGAAUUUCGAAUUCUCACAGUACCUGGAAGCUGUGCAGCUUGUUUUGAACGAGUAUAGCGCUGCAGAAACCCACACUGCCCCAGAUCUGGAAAUGAAAAGGCGUGGCAGCCUCCAUCAUGGGCCACCGCAAGCAUCGAACUAUUACCCUUCAAGGGCUCGCGGAGGAGAGCGUCUCUCUCUCCAUAGUCUUUUGGGCAAAUCCAUACGUUCCCCUCUGUGGGCGUGCCAGUCUGAUAUGGAGGAGAAAAAGACAGAGGAGCUGACAGACUUACAACACGACUUGCUUUCGGCAUUGUCCAACAAGCAUCCUAUUAGCCCACAUCCUGUGGCUGUUGAACACCUCACUGCGGUCAUUGAAGCACGGCCAGCUAUUCAAGAGCUAAAAAAUAUUCUUUCCAAGCUUCGAGCAUCUGCUUCUUCCGUGCAGCGGAGAUAUGGUCUGGAGAUGGAGCAGAGCAUCGACGCACUUGUUAAACAUAUAUCUCAGCCUCCGGUUACUUUGUCGGAUGCAGAUCCGACUUUACUUGAACAAGAGAUUCAACAUGCUUGGAAAGCGUGCACCAUUAUGCUUCGAGACAUUUCCCAGGCUUUAGCGGAAGGCGAUCGUCGUGCUAGAUGGCUUCGGCAUGCGGGUCUUUGGCCUAAAAUAACCUUAGUCACACUGCUUUCUGAGCUCCGUUCGACAUCUGAGACUGCUUUUGGAGACGGUACAAAGGAAGCGCUUGUGGAGCUUGGCCUCAAAAUAACGGCUCUUCAACGUUUACUCAGGAUCCAAGACGCAGCCAAGAAGAACAAGCAACAGCAGUUGUACGACGAGACUGUGAAUCCGGGACAUCUGAAUUGGUCACCUUUGGAGCUUGUUGACUGGCUUAUACUGGAAAUAGAUAGCGAUUUCAUGCUCCGCGUGGAACAAGUCGAAGUAGCUAAUGCUACGAUAUCGCCGGAGUCUGGACAAAACUCCGUAGUUCAGCUCCUGAUGGGAAAAGGGAAGACGUCGUGUAUUCUACCCAUGGUUGCCGCAGUGCUUGCGGAUAAGCGAAACCUCGUGAGAGUCAUUGUUCCUAGGCCUUUGCUUCUGCAAUCAGCCCAGAUCAUGCAAAUCAGGCUCGGUGGGCUCUUGAGCCGCGAGAUCAUGCACAUUCCCUUCUCUCGAAAGACACCAACAAAUUGUUCCUUAAUUCAGACAUUCGGUCAGCUUCACGUUAACCUGAAGAGGAAAAAUGGCAUUAUGCUUGCGCUACCUGAGCAUAUUCUUUCGUUCAAACUGAGCGGAAUUCAACGCCUUUGCGAUGAUCACGUUGAAGAAGCUACAACGAUGAUCAAGUUCCAAGGGUGGCUGGAUAGGUAUGCCCGAGAUGUCCUAGAUGAAUCUGACGUGUCUCUUGCCAUUAGAACCCAAUUAAUAUAUCCGUCGGGCUCGCAGAUGACGGUUGAUGGUCACCCUCAGCGUUGGCGGACUGUUCAAGCAGUCCUUCAGCUUUUGAGAUUCUACUUGUCAGAACUUGAGCGCCGAUUCCCGCAGAGCAUAGCGGUGGUAGAGAGAGCCAUUGGCGACUAUCCCUUAAUCUAUUUCCUCCGCCAAGACGUCCAAGAGCACCUCGUUGCUCAAAUAGUGGAAGACAUCUGCAAGGGCCAGCUCGGAACUUUCCCUUGUGCCGAAAUUCCGGCCUCAGGCCAAGAGGAUAUUCGUCUCUUCGUUUCAAGCCCCGUGAUUUCCUCCCAGGUUCUGAAUAGGGUCACCGGAAUGUUCAAAGAGAAGCAACAUUUGUUGAAGGUCUUAUACCUUCUACGUGGGCUAUUCGUUCACCGCAUCUUCUUAUCGACGCUCAAGAAGCGAUGGAACGUCCAGUAUGGACUCCAUCCCACCCGCGAUCCCAUUGCAGUACCUUAUCACGCUAAAGGUGUCCCGUCACCUACCUCAGAAUGGGGCCACCCGGAUGUAGCGAUCAUCUUGACCUGUCUCUCCUUCUACUACCAAGGACUGGAUUUGGGACAAUUCAAGAAGGCUUUCGAACACCUUCUGAAGUCGGACGAGCCCAGCAUUGAAUACGAGAAAUGGGCGACUCAUGAUCUUCCCGAAAGCUUGCGAGACUACAAUGCCAUCAAUGUCGAAAAUUCAUCACAGCUUCGCGAGCUGCACUACUAUAUCCGAUUCAACGUGUAUUUGCUAGACUUCUAUUUGAAUAGCUUCGUCUUCCCUGGGCAUGCCAGGCAAUUCGACACGAAGAUACAGGCUUCUGGCUGGGACCUGGUUCUCUACCACGCAACUCAGAAGUCACUAUGUCGAACCAGUGGUUUUUCCGGGACAAACGACUCACGACAUCAGUUGCCGAUGAUGAUCAAGCAAAAUGACCUCCCAAAGCUGGCACAUACUAAUGCCGAAGUACUCUCUUACCUGCUUGAACCCCGUAACCGACAAUAUAUUCCCAUGGUGGGAAGUUCCGGAAGGCGCCUCAGUGAGGAAGGUCUCCUACAAAUGCUCUUGAACCCGUGCAGACAUCCUUUUGCGAAACAGACGCAGAAAAUCCGAAUACUCAUUGAUGCGGGUGCUCAGAUCCUCGAGCAUGACAAUUAUAGUCUAGCGAAGGCAUGGCUCAAAAUUGAUUGGGAGGCUGCGGCAGCUGUUUUCUUUGAAUCCGACCACCGUCCGUGGGUUCUCUAUCCUAAGGGCAAAAAGAUCCCGCUUGUCGCUUCUCCCUUCGCGGAGGAUAUGGAAGGUUGCCUCGUAUAUUUGGAUGAGAGCCAUUGCCGUGGAACUGAUCUCAAGCUGCCUCCAAGUGCGAGGGCCGCAUUGACGCUCGGCCCGCACGUAACGAAGGACGCUCUGGCGCAGGCUGCUAUGCGCCUACGUCUGCUCGGUCAGUCCCAGGCAGUAACCUUCUUCUCGCCACCAGAGGUGCACCAGAGUAUCCUUGACCUGCGAAAGAAGUCUGAAGGUAGUUGGCUUGACUCUUCUGACGUCAUCGCAUGGCUUUUGGAGCAGUCCUGCAAUGCUCUUGAGCAGUCAGAGCCUCUGUUCUUUAUGCAAGGAAAUAGCUAUCUACAGCAAGUUCAAGCCAAAAUUGACAAUCCCGACUACUUGGAGAGACUGCAUCAGCGCGACAGGUUCUUGUCAGUGGUGCGAAGCAAGGAGCUACAUACGCUCAAAGAACUAUACGAGCCGAAGCGCCUGAGGCGGGCGGCUCAGACGAAUGCUCCGUCCUUCCACCCAUCGCUCAAAAAAUAUGUGAAUGAGCUUGCCCAGCGAAAGGAGCAAUUUCAGGAUCGCGGCAUCGCAAUCCAUUCCUCAGCUCUUGAAGAAGUCGAACAGGAGCGCGAAGUGGAGUUCGAAGUGGAGAGCGUGCGCGAUAUUCAGAAGCCAGUGCACUUUACGGCCUUGAAGAUUCCGAAGCUCCACAGAGACCUUGAGGAAUUCGUCAAGUCAGGCCGAAUUACUGAUGGAAGUAAUGCGUACCAGCCCAUGUUCUCAACUCUCCAGAAGACUGCUGCGGGCCUGAGACACGGUGAAUUCUCCGCCCCGAGUAGAGCACCCGGUCUCUUCGUAUCUACACAGUUCAGCCGAACUGUCAAGGUCACAGGACCGAACGAUAACUUUUUGCGUCCUUGUCACUGGAUUCUUUGGAGCAGUCGAACUCAGAUGGCUUUGGUCAUUAGCCCGGAGGAGGCUGAUGCUCUGAUUCCCCUCCUUCGACGCUAUCGAGGCCCGAAGGAUACGGCAGGAAUUACUCAUCUUAUCGUUUACUCCGCUCCUGUCACCCGUCGCAUGUUACAUUUUAACAAUCUUGACUAUCACGCUACCCCGCCGCUGCCGUCGAACUUCAAGACCCCUGCAUGGUUAAAAAUCGAGCUCGGCAUAUUUGCUGGGAGACUUUAUUUUGAAUGGCGGGAGUAUCAGGAGCUAUCUACGUAUCUUGGAGUCAAAACGAGUGCAGACUCAAACGAGAGCUCGGAGGCAUCCCAACUCGAGGCCUUUGUGAAGAAACCUUGUACUUUCUUGCGCGAGUGGCUCGCCGUUCUGCGCAAAAACCAAGAUUUCGAGCAUACGCCCAUGGGUUUCGUGACGACGGGAAAGCCUCUUUCAUCAGAUCAUCCUUUCUUCCUCGCCACUGCUAGGAGAGACAUGGACGUGGAGUGUAAGCUCAAGAAGGCGAUCUUUGCGGCACGCCAUGCGGAUGAGGCGGAAUCAGACGACGAUGGCGACCACGAUGACGAUGAGCUGUUCCAUUAUGAGGACGGACACGUUGAUGGCCAUGGCAAGGAUGAGCAUGUGGAGGACGGUUUCGAUGAGGAGACCAACACCUUCUUUAACGCGGGUGAGUAUAUCUAAGGUAGUUAUAGUAAGCAAAAAAAGGGCGAGGAUGUGGCCAGAACGUAGGCAACGUUAUCGAGCUCUAAAGCAAUAUAAAGGCUCAGAGUCGAGGUAUUUAUAAUUUGUUUGCUUCGCGGUGUUACUAUAAGCGGGCUUUACUUGUUGUUAUAUUUUGAUUUCUUAAUGCUUUCGGUUCUAAUAGUAUAGGGCAUAUAAUUUAGGCUUAGAGCUGCUCUAUAAAGUAUAUACCUUAGGAUCUAUAAUAAAAUUAGCCACCU